UGCGCUCCGUCCGGACAGACACUGCGCGCGUCUCUGCUGCCGCGGUGCGUUGCGCGCAGGCUGGAGAGAGAUGACCAGAGCCCCGCGGACCUGUGCACGCAAACAUGGAUCUCCCUAAAACGCCGCUCGCGCUGCUUUGGAUGUUAUUGCUGAGCGGAGUGAGACGCUGCCCCGCAGAAGAAGUGGUGCUGCUGAAUUCUAAAGAGACUCAGGCCGAGCUGGGCUGGACGUCGUAUCCCCCCAAUGGAUGGGAGGAGAUCAGCGGCGUCGAUGAGAAGUACAAGCCCAUCCGGACGUACCAGGUGUGCAACGUGAUGGAGCCCACGCAGCAGAACAACUGGCUGCAGACCGGCUGGGUGGCGCGCCGCGGCGGCCAGCGCAUCUUCGUGGAGCUGCAGUUCACCCUGCGCGACUGCAACAGCAUCCCCGGCGUGGCGGGCACCUGCAAGGAGACCUUCAACCUCCUGUACGUGGAGUCCGACCGGGACCUGGGCGGCGUGACCCGGGAGGACCGCUACACCAAGAUCGACACCAUCGCCGCCGACGAGAGCUUCACGCAGGGCGACCUCGGCGAGAGGAAGAUGAAGCUGAACACGGAGGUGCGCGAGAUCGGCCACCUCAACCGCAAAGGCUUCCACCUGGCGUUCCAGGACGUGGGCGCCUGCGUGGCCCUGGUGGCCGUGCGCGUCUACUACAAGCGCUGCCUGGCCACCGUCCAGAACCUGGCCGUGUUCCCCGACACGGUGGCCGAGGCCGCCUUCGCCACGCUGGUGGAGGUCCGCGGCGCCUGCGUCAACAACUCCGAAGUGGACACGGACAGCCCUCCCAGGAUGCACUGCAGCGCCGAGGGCGAGUGGCUGGUGCCCAUCGGGAAGUGCAGCUGCAGCGCCGGCUACGAGGAGGGACACAGCAGCUGUGAAGCUUGUCCUCCCGGCUCUUACAAGAUGUCCUCCAGGCAGCAGGAGUGUUCCUGCACGGCCAACAGCAUCGCCUGAGGACGAGGGUCCGUGGUGUGUGUGUGUGAAGAGGACCACUUCAGGACUCCCUUGGACAAUCCCUCAGCUCCUUGUACUCGUCCCCCAUCCCCACCUCGAGACCUGGUCUACACCCUGAAGCAGUCCACGCUGAUCCUGGAGUGGUCUCCGCCGUCGGACACCGGCGGCCGGGUGGACCUGACCUACAGCGUGGGCUGCCGCCGCUGCAGCGGGAAGCAGUGCGAGCCCUGCGGCGCCAGCGUGGGCUUCGUGCCGCAGCAGGUCGGCCUGACGGAGAGAACGGUGACCGUGGUCAACCUUCCUCCCAACACCAACUACACCUUCACCGUGGAGGCCCUGAACGGCGUGUCGGAGCUGCUGCCCAACAAGAGGUUCUACACUCACGUCAACGUGUCGACGAGUCUGCCCGCGCCGUCUCUGAUCAGUGAGCUGCGAGCGGAGAAGAUCGAGCAGAAGAGCAUAACCUUGGUGUGGAGGGAGCCGUCCUACCCCAACAGCAGCCGCACGGAAUACGAAGUCAAAUACUACGAGAAGGAACAAAAGGAUCAGAGUUAUUCUACUGUGAAGACUGCUGCCACGCGGAUUAGUGUCAACAACCUUAAACCUGGCACCACAUACGUCUUCCUCAUCCGCCCCUUCUCCACGCCGGCCCCCUCCUCCUCCUUGUCUUCCUCGCCUCUGUCAUCCUCCUCUGCCUCGUCCUCCUCCUCCUCCUCCACUCCAUCCUCCUCCUCUUCCUCCUCCUCCUCCUCCUCCUCUUCAUCGUCCCCGCCGCCCAUCGACUACGGAGCGUACAGCGCCCCCCUGGAGCUGCAGACACUUGGCGAACUGGCGCUGGCAUCCAGCGAGCAGAGUCCGGUGGUGAUCAUUGUUGUGGUGUCGGUGGCUGCCCUCAUCAUGCUGCUCUCGAUGGGAAUUGGACUGCUCAUCUGGAGGAGACAAUGCGGCUACAGCAAGGCUUCUCAGGAGGGAGACGAGGAACUUUACUUCCAGUUUAAGAUCCCGACGAGGAGGACCUACAUCGACCCGGAGACCUGCGAGGACCUGCUCCAGGCCGUGCACGCCUUCGCCAAGGAGCUGGACAACUCCAGCAUCAAGAUCGAGAGAAUCGUGCACACAGGCGACUUCGGGGAGGUGUGCCGCGGCUGCCUGAAGCUGCCCAGCAAGAGGGAGCUGCCGGUGGCCAUCAAGACGCUGAGGGCCGGCUGCUCCGACAAGCAGCGCCGCCUGUUCCUCAGCGAGGCCGGCAUCCUGGGCCAGUUCGACCACGCCAACAUCAUCCGGCUGGAGGGCGUCAUCACCACCGGCAACACCAUGAUGAUAAUCGAGGAGAGCAUGUCGAACGGAGCCCUGGAUUCCUUCCUCAGGAAACAUGAAGGCCAGCUGAGUGUAAUGCAGCUGAUGGAUAUGCUGACCGGAGUGGCGUCGGGGAUGAAGUACCUCACCGAAAUGGGUUUCGUCCACAAACGGUUGGCCGCACACAAGGUGCUUGUUAACUCCAACCUGGGCUGCAAAGUAUCGGGCUUCAGACCUCUUCAGGAGGACAAGAUAGAGGCCAUUUACACCACACUGCACGGCGGGAAGAGCGUGGUGCUGUGGACCGCCCCCGAGGCCAUCCAGUACCACCGCUUCUCCUCCGCCUCGGACGUGUGGAGCUUCGGCAUCGUCAUGUGGGAGGUCAUGUCCUACGGGGAGCGGCCCUACUGGGACAUGGGCAACCAGGAUGUGAUAAAGGCCAUCGAGGACGGCUUCAGGCUGCCGGCGCCGGUCAACUGCCUCCCACAUCUCCACCAGCUGAUGCUGGACUGCUGGCAGAAGGAGCGGACGGAGCGGCCCAGCUUCAGCCAGAUCCACUCGGCCCUCAGCAAGAGCAUCCGCUCGCCCGACGCCAUCGGCUCCUCCACGCUGGCGCGCAGGACCCUCAGUUCAUCCAUCACGCUAGCAGAGAGGCCUCUGCCCUCCUUCCCAUCCUUCAGCUCGGUGGGCGAGUGGCUGGACGCCGUGGACAUGGGCCGCUACAAGGACAACUUCACUGCUGCGGGAUACUGCUACUUGGAGUCCGUGGCCCGAAUGACUGUGCAAGACGUCCUGAGUCUGGGAAUCACCUCGCUGGAGCACCAGAAGCUGAUCCUGGCGGCCAUCCAGACUCUCAGAGCGCAGGUCAUCCAGAUGCAUGGCCGCGGCGUGCAGGUCUGAGCUCCUCACACGGCGUCUGGCGCCGCCGCCGCCGGACCCCCGCGAGCGCAGAAACGGGGAGAAAGAGAGCGAGAUCUCUUCCAGACUGGAAAGAAAGCCGAUCUUCCUGGCUGCACUCCUCGGCUCGGUCCUCCUUCACACUCUUCCUCGAUCCCUUCCUUCCUUCGGACGCCAGCGGAGUGACUGGUGGCGUGGGCCGUGCGCGGCGCGGCGGAGGACUGACGCCGUCUGACUCUUUCCCCUUUCUUUCGGAUGACCUCUGUCUGCGCUUUGACCUUCGGCGUGCUGCCAGCUCGGGCGUGGCGACCGCCGCAGAAACAUUUCAGGUGGAAUCUCCCUUUACGGCGCGACAGGAAGUGACUUCCUCAUAUCGUUGUAGGUCAUAUCAGACGAGGAGGGACCGUCUGGCGCUCCGGCCUGCAGUGAACUGACGGCGCUCCUUCCGGGGCGUCCGCCUGCUCUCCCUCUCUCCUGAGGAACUGACGGCGAAGCGCUGCAGGAGGAAGUUGUAAAGGGUGUCUCUGAUUGUUCAUGAAUUUGUCGUCUGUCGUCUUCUGUUCAUUUUUCUUUCUUUCUUUUUCCUCCUCUCCUUCAUGCUUACCGCUGAAUUCAGAUUUUGUUUUUCCCUCUGGGUGUCUUCUCGGUAGCACGAUUCUCUCUCUCUCUCUCUCUCUCUCUCUCUCUCUCUCUCUCUCUCUCUCUCUCUCUCUCUCUCUGUAUAGCGCUCAGGCCGACUCUGGAAGGUGGUCUGCUUUUAGAUAUUUAUCCGUAUUUAUUUACAGACAGGGACGCUUUAUUUAAAGUAUUUAAAGGAAAUGUUAGGUAGAUUUUUCCCUUCUUCUUCUUCUUUUUUUU